UCUAAUUGUUCAGCUAUUUCUCAAUAUUCCGCUCAUAUAAUUUAUUUUCUUGGCACAAUCAAUGAAAAUGUUUGACUGAUCUUGUGAAUGGUAGUGAUCAAACUUUAUUUAAUAAAGAAUUUUAUGAUCUGGCUUGCAACUGGUACGAUAUCCGUCUGUGACAUUGAUGUAGAAGUUGGUGGUAAACUCAACACUUCUCAGGGUCCUACUGUUUAUUACUAGUAUACAUGUAGAAAAAAACCAUUAUGUACUUUAAAGUGAUUGUAAAAAUCACAACAAAUAUUUUUUUAAUCGAACUUCAAAAUCAUCUGUAUCAUGUACGAACGUUCGAUGCAACUGUUUACGUGACCCAGUUGUUCCGGCCUCAAUUUGAUUGCAACAUGUGCUUUUUCUGAGAACUUUUCGUCCAACUACAAUGUAUGAAUGAAGAUUGAAUUUGGGCAGAGUUGACAACAUAAUUUAUUGAGAAGAGUUGGUGGAGAAUAUGGGUCCUAAACGACGGGGUGCGGCAUCUUCGUGUAGGAGCCCAGCACAGAAGUCAGCCAAAGCCAUAGCAAAGAAGUAUCGGGGAAAGAAAAUGACUCCAGAGAAAGCGGCUAAUGUUCGUCGAGCAUUAUACAGUGUAUGUAAUGAAAAACUUUCACUAAUAAAAGCAGCUAGAGAAUAUGGGGUCUCGUAUGGGUUUCUUUAUAGGAGGUAUUCAUGGGAAGUAGACAUUGAAAAGAUUAAGGGGCCGGAAACUGUCUUUUCAUCAGCUGAGGAAAAAAGCAUGGCCGAAUGGCUAAGUGAAAUGGCCCAGCGCGGAAUGGGUUUACGCGUUUGUGAGUUCCUUGACUUUGUUCAAGAUAUAGUCAAAAAAGAAAACAGGCAAACACCUUUUAAAGAUGGUAGACCUAGUUACCAGUGGUUUACAGCAUUCAAACACAGAAAUGGCAACAUCAUUGACAGAAGGACGGAAACGCCACUGGGGCUGAAGCGGUCAAAAUUGUCAAAAUCUGUUAUUGACGAGUGGUACAGUAAAUACAGGAACUUUCUGAUAAGCAUUGACUGUCUGGACAAACCAAGCCGCAUAUGGAAUGCAGAUGAGUCCGGUUUUAACAUGGGAAGUGCUUCAGCGAAGGUUAUAGGCCCUACAAGGAGAGACCUUGCAGUACCACACAUUACUGCAGGAAAGCAGCGCCUAACCGUGAUGUACUGCGGCAGAGCAACUGGAGAGAUGAUGCCACCUUUUUUCGUAUUCCCUGAACCUAAACCUAGAUCAUACAACCCACUGAAUGGUUCUUUAGAGGGUAGUGCCAUUGCAUACACAAAGAAGGGCUGGAUGGAUUCUAAAACAUUCGAUAAAUUCAUUGAUCACUUUGAUAAGUAUGCUGGGCAAGAGCGUCCUGUAGUUUUACUGAUUGAUAGUGUAGGCAGUCAUGUUGACCAUACAGUGUUCAUGCAUGCAAAAGCUAAGGGAAUUGAAAUAUACAGAAUUGUACCAAAUGCAACACAUUUGAUGCAACCCCUUGAUAAAGGAGUCUUUGGUCCUCUGAAAGGAAAAUGGAACUUAGUUUCUAGAAGAUACAGCCGUGAAAACCCUGGAAAAACAAUUGGAAAGGAGAACUUUGCAGAGAAACUGAAUGUAGCAUACCUAGAAUUCUACAAACCUCUCACUGUAAUAAAUGCGUUUAAGUCAUCCGGCAUAUACCCAGUUGACUCUAUGAAGAUCACAAGUGAAAUGUUAAAGCCUGGUUUAACAUUUUCAGGCAAGUCACUUGUUGAGGAAGAAAAAGCUGUUGUGGUAGUGCAUCAGGAAGAAUUGCAUGAGACAGCAAGAGCAAAAGGAGCUCUGAGUGUAUUUGAAGAAACUCUGGCCACUCCUGUUCGUGACAAGUACAAUAACAGGAUUGAGGAAGGAUACGAUAUGGAAGGCAUUUCACCAUGUUUUGAUGUCUACCGAAAACUCCAUAAAAAGGCUCAUCCAAGCAAAGCAACUAGUCAGGCAACAGGAUUGGACUUACUUGCAGAUACUGCUCUGCAAGGCAGACAUGCUGUACUUCCAGAGGACAUGCCACCAAGUUCAAGUUUGAUAUCACCUGUGUUAAGAGACUUGUUAGUUUUUCCUAAGGCACCGGAAUCAUUAAAACCUGUUAGAAAGACAUUGGUUAACACAUUACCUGACAAUCUAACCUCAUCAGAAAGCAUUCGUACCCUUUCACUCAGAGAACUUGAAAAAGUUAAAAGUUUUGCUGAAAGGGAAAGGAAAGCAAGACUUUCGUUCAUUAAAAAGAACAAACCACAGAAAAAGGGAAAGUCAAAAUCCAAUACUCAGAAGGGAAAAAUGCCAAAGAAAACUGAUCCUGAUAAUGUACUGACACAGGGCACAUCAAAGGAAUUUUGUAAAGGGUGUCAAGUGACAUGGGAUGAAGACAUUGAAUCAGAUAGUGACCGUCUCUGGGUUCAGUGUGACCUGUGUGAUGACUGGUUGCAUGCUGAAUGUAUUUCUGGGUUAAUUGACACGAAUGAGCAAUUCAUAUGUCCAGAUUGCAUGUAA